CAGUCCCUGAGGGCAGUGGGAGUUCCCCGACCUUUCGGGUUGAUCUGCCGUUCCAGGAACAGGGAGGAGGGGGCAGAAGAAAAACACCACAACAUGUGUACUCUGAAACGCCGUCUGGACGCGCAAGCUACACGAGCUCGUCAGGGAGCGGACCUCUCGCACGCCAUCUUUGGGGCUCGUCCGUGAGGGAGCUGGGCCACCGUUAGCCCUGGGGUGGAGUUUCGAUACUGUGGUAUCGUUGAUGCACUUCGUUGGUUUAAAACAGAGGCAACGUUGGGAGCUUAAUUCAGAAGAAAAAAACCGAACAACCCUCUGGCUAUAUAUCCUACAGAGAUAAGAGGAAAUAGCUACUGCCAUCGCUUUCUACUUGUGGACUAUUGACUGAGUUGACAGCACUUGCCUCCCUUGAAACUUAACAGCGGUUAAAAGCUAGCUCGAUUAGCUAAGCUAGCGACCCAUCUGGCUGUGCGACGGGUGUGAAUCCCUAUGAAGUGGUUGCCCCGCAGAUGAGCUGUCACUGGGGGCUGUCGCGUCGCAGACCCAGAUAGUCCCUGGUGGCUGCGGCCCCGCCCCAGUAUGCCAAACGCUGCUCGUGCGGGGAGCCUAAAGGACCCCGAGAUCGCCGAGCUCUUCUUCAAGGAGGACCCCGAAAAGCUCUUCACUGACCUGAGAGAGAUCGGCCAUGGCAGCUUUGGUGCAGUCUACUUUGCACGAGAUGUGCGUACCUCUGAGGUGGUGGCCAUCAAGAAAAUGUCUUACAGUGGAAAACAAACCAAUGAGAAAUGGCAAGACAUAAUUAAGGAGGUGAAAUUUCUUCAGAGAAUAAAGCACCCAAACAGCAUUGAAUAUAAAGGAUGCUACCUAAGAGAACACACUGCCUGGCUGGUAAUGGAGUAUUGUCUGGGCUCUGCCUCGGAUGUCUUGGAAGUGCACAAAAAGCCCUUACAAGAAAUAGAAAUAGCAGCAAUUACCCACGGUGCUUUACAGGGGCUUGCGUACCUUCACUCCCACAACAUGAUUCACAGAGACAUCAAGGCUGGGAAUAUCCUCCUGACCGAGCCUGGCCAAGUGAAGCUGGCUGACUUUGGCUCUGCCUCCAUCGUUUCUCCCGCCAACUCUUUUGUGGGAACUCCGUACUGGAUGGCCCCGGAGGUCAUCUUGGCUAUGGAUGAGGGUCAGUACGAUGGCAAAGUUGACAUCUGGUCCUUGGGUAUAACAUGUAUUGAAUUGGCGGAAAGAAAACCUCCUCUCUUCAACAUGAAUGCAAUGAGUGCCUUAUACCAUAUAGCACAGAAUGAGAGCCCGACCCUGCAGUCAAGUGAAUGGACGGAUUACUUUAGAAACUUUGUGGACUCCUGUCUUCAGAAAUUGCCCCAGGACCGUCCUAGCUCUGAGGAACUGUUGCAACAUGCCUUUCUGCUGCGUCAGCGGGCGGAGUCCGUGCUCAUGGACCUGAUCCAGCGCACCAAAGAUGUUGUCAGAGAGCUGGACAACCUUCAGUACCGCAAGAUGAAGAAGAUCUUCUUCCAGGAGGCUCAUAAUGGGCCCACAGCAGAGGUGGUGGAUGAGGAGGAGGAGGUGGAGCCGAGCGCAGGCCGGACAGGCACGGUGAACAGCGUUGGCAGCAACCAGUCCAUCCCCAGCAUGUCGAUCAGCGCCAGCUCCCAGAGCAGCUCCGUCAACAGCCUGCCCGAUGCCACCGAGGACAACAAGAGUGAACUGGAACUGUUGGAGGGAGACCACACCGUCAUGUCCAACAGCUCUGUCAUACACCUCAAACCGGAGGAGGAGAGUUAUCAGGAGGACCCGGAGCCUCCUAGCCAGCCGACUGAAGCACAGUCGCCACCUGCACAGACCCCUCGCCGCCACUACCGCAACAGAGAGCACUUUGCCACCAUCCGCACGGCCUCGCUGGUGACGCGGCAGAUCCAGGAGCACGAGCAGGACUGGGAGCUGCGCGAGCAGAUGUCCGGCUACAAGCGCAUGCGGCGGCAGCACCAGAAGCAGCUGCUGGCCCUGGAGAACAAGCUGAAGGCCGAGAUGGACGAGCACAGGCUCCGCCUGGACAAGGAGCUGGAGAACCAGAGGAGCAACUUUACCACAGACAUGGACAAGCUGGUGAAGAAGCACCAGGCAUCCAUGGAGAAAGAUGCCAAGACCUUCACCAACGAUGAGAAGAAAUUCCAGCAGCACAUCCAGAGCCAGCAGAAGAAGGAGCUCAGCAGCUUCCUGGAGUCUCAGAAACGCGAGUACAAACUGCGCAAGGAGCAGCUCAAAGAGGAGCUAAAUGAGAACCAGUCUACGCCAAAGAAGGAGAAGCAGGAGUGGCUGUCCAAGCAGAAGGAGAACUUCCAGCACUUCCAGGCCGAGGAGGAGGCCAACCUUCUGCGCCGGCAGCGCCAGUACCUGGAGCUGGAGUGCCGCAGGUACAAGCGUCGCAUCCUCAUUAACCGGCACAACGUGGAGCAGGACCUGGUCAGAGAGGAGCUGAACAAGCGUCAGACGCAGAAGGACCUGGAGCACGCCAUGCUGCUGCGCCACCACGAGUCCAUGCAGGAGCUGGAGUUCCGCCACCUGAGCACCAUCCAGAAGACACGGGCGGAGCUCAUCCGCCUGCAGCACCAGACCGAGCUCACCAACCAGAUGGAGUACAACAAGCGCAGGGAGCGGGAGCUGAGGCGCAAGCACGUGAUGGAGGUCCGCCAGCAGCCUAAGAGUCUAAAGUCCAAAGAGCUCCAGAUCAAGAAGCAGUUCCAGGACACGUGCAAGAUCCAGACACGGCAGUACAAGGCCCUGCGGAACCACCUGCUGGAGAACACGCCCAAGGCGGAGCACAAGACAAUGCUGAAGAGGCUGAAGGAGGAGCAGACGCGCAAGCUGGCCAUCCUGGCCGAGCAGUACGACCACUCCAUCAACGACAUGCUGUCCACACAGGCUUUGCGGCUGGACGAGGCCCAGGAAGGCGAGUGUAAGGUCUUGCGAAUGCAGCUGCAGCAGGAGCUGGAGUUGUUGAAUGCCUAUCAGAGUAAGAUCAAGAUGCAAACAGAGGCACAGCAGGAUCGGGAACGAAGGGAGCUCGAGCAGAGAGUGUCCCUACGCAGGGCCUUGCUGGAGCAGAAGAUUGAGGAGGAGAUGCUGGCCUUGCAGAACGAGCGCUCCGAGCGCAUCCGCAGCCUGCUGGAGAGGCAGGCGCGAGAGAUCGAGACCUUUGACUCAGAGAGCAUGCGCCUGGGCUUCAGCAACAUGGUGCUGGCCAACAUUGCGCCCGAGGCCCUGAGCCACAGCUACCCUGGGGCACCGGCCAGCUGGACCCCCCAGUCCACACCACCCCACUCUGCCCCUACCCCAGGCGCUCACUGGAGCAGAAGCUCGGGCUCCGGCCACCACUACAACUCCAGUCUGGGAGGGGCACCCAGCCAACAGGCCUGGGCCCCGGCUGUCCCCAGUGUGGGGCCUCCCCAGUGGACCAAUCCGUCCACGGGCCCCAUGCCAAAGGGUGGCGGGGGUGUGGGUAUGCGGAACAGCCCACAGGCCCUCCAGAGGACCACCUCAGGGGGGCACAGCGAGCAGAGCAUGAGUAGGAGCACCAGCAUCGGCUCUCAGAUAUCUAAUGGCUCCCACCUGUCCUACACAUAGAUGCCAGAGUACUAGUGCCAGACCCCCAACCCUCCCCAACGCACCUAGCCAAACAGCAGAUAGGCAGAGAGAAUCAGCCAAACUGCACCCUAGUAACCUGCAGCCUGCCCCUGUUGUCUCCCUCCACCCCUCUACCACAUAUGUAGAUGUGUUAUGUGAGGUAGAGAUAAGUGACUCUCAGGUCAAUAGGUGUUCUACCUCUGCAUGACGGUGGGUCAGCCCCCAUGCAGAGCUGGAGUACUUUUGUGUCUAUAACACUGCUCUCCCUUAUGGCUCAGCUGAUGUGACUCCCGUCAGUUCUUUUAGCUGUCUUUACAGCUCCCAAUAAUGAUUUAAAAAAGAAAACGUGUAUAGUAUGUAUAUUGUAUUCAUCACCUUUUUUUUUUUUUCCCUUUAAAGACUUCUGUCAGUUAGAAUUUUAGUCCAUGGACAGAUUUUAAGGAGUAAGCAGAUUUGGCAGUUUUUCAUCAUUAACACACAGAAGCAUAUAUAUAUUAGAAGUGUAUAUUAGAAGUGUAUGUGUUCCCAUAUUUUAGCCAAACCGAAUCUGACUUAGAGAGGCUAAAAGUUCCCAUACUGCCCCAAUGCCAGCCUGCUGUUAUGCCCCGAAACGAGAGAACUGAAUGUUAAGCUUCUCGACAGGAACGCUGAGAUGUAGAUAAAGAAAGGACUUUUCUCUAGUCACUUGUAUAUGCAGAGUGUAUAAUAUGAGGCUGAGAGAGGAAAGGUUAAUAGUAGUCUUCCCAUGUUAUAGUUCUGCCAUUGUGCAUUACGUACCACCCGAGAUUUUGAAUAUCGAUUACUGUUUAAAUAGUUGGGAUUUUAAGAUAAAUCGCUUAAUUGAACGUUGUCUGACUUAAACACUGCGCUUUUGGUACCAAUGAUGGUGAUAUUGCCUUUUUUCAGAUUCUGUAUGCAGGAUGCCUUUUUAUAAUUUGUUGGUUUGGUUUACAUGUGUUGUCUGUGAUAACGUGCCACAGCUAUUAGCUUUUUGGAAGCAGUGCAAGGUGACCGUUGUUUCAGAGUAUUGAUAUCUUAAGCUUCGUUGUUGCUGUUAUUGUUUUAUAAAGUAGUGGAUGUUUUGCCUCCCCUUACAAGUCAGUGUUAGUAUACCAAAGUCACAAUUUCCCUCUAGUACGUAUGGUCUGGAAACUAGAAAAAUGAGCUGUAACUUUCCGUUACUACUGAAGUUUAGAAUUUGUGUCAAGCACCUUAGUGGUUAAAGUGGAGUUCAAAAUAUUGUCCAUCACUACACUCAUUUUCCAUGCGUUUUAUAAGAUUGGUUUUAUUUGUUAUCCUAGUCUGCUUUUGAAAUGCCUUGCCACCUAAUUUAUGUUUUUAGCCAAAGAGAUCAGGUAUGCUUUUUCAGAGUUCAGUCAGUGCCUUUUACUACAUGUAUGUAAUGAAUGUACAGUGCAUACAUGAAUGGGUCUGAAUGUUUUACAAGGGCCUCUCACAAAACACUCCCUUACUGGUUACCAUAGUCAUACCUCAUUCAACGACAAAGUAGUGGACUGGCUCAUAAGAUGUAUGGAAAAUAUACAUGUGUGGUACUGCAUAUGAAUGCAUGUGCCAUGUAAAAACUGUUCAGUUGAAAUGGAGGGGGGUGUGUAUCUGUAUACCUAAAUAUAGGUCAGUGUUUUACCACCGUAUUAUAACACACACUUGAGAGCACAGACCAGUUUGCAGUGCCUUCUUUAUAAGCUGCCAAGCAGGUGCACUUUAAGGAGUGUGAAUUAUUUUGAGCAAAGCACUCUUGAGCCUGAAUUACAAAUUCUGUUUUUUUACUGCAUCAUGUAAAUUGUAUCUGGUAUGUUACAGGUGUGACAAUAUAUGAGUCAGUAAAGACAGGUAAUGUCCAAGUAAUGCUAAAUACAGACAUGUUAUCUAUGCUGGCAAGUUCAUAGAGCAGCAGUAGCCAAAUAGAUCAUUGGAACAAGUCAAAAUAAAAGAAUGUAUAAGUUUCUCAGACUUAAUUACGGUUUAUUAAUAAUAAUUUUAAAAAAGAUUGUAUCUUCCUGAGCUCUAGGAAAACAUGAUCGAGAAUGUAGUAAUUAAAUUGUGGUCCACUUUGGAGAUGAAAGGAGUGUGCCUAGGUUUCUCACUGGUUGUGUUUUGUCCCUGUGGCCAUGACAGCAGGCUUAGCAGUGCAAAUGGGCAGAUCUGUAUGGGAGCAGGCACAGGUUCUCAGUACGGCAGGUAUAUACUUACUUUUCAUAUCAGCAUAAUUCAGAUCAUGUCCUUUUUAACCCCAAACGUAAUCACCAAAAAUAAAUGCUCAGAAUGUUGUCUUGUUAAAAGCUUUUGACGUGACUAAGCACUUGAACAGAGUUCUAUACUGGCAGGGAACUUUAGUUUCGUCAUUAUCUGCAUUCCUUGUCCUGGUGUCAUCCUUGGUGCCAUAGACUGCUGUGCCCAGAACACAGGGUAUAUGAGGUUUGUUUCUGAUGGCCCUGUUACUCCGAAGCACAGGGUAUGAGUCAUGUUGCUGAAGGCUGUUGCCCCUUUAUCUCUAACGUCAUGUCGCUGAUGGCCCUGUUACCCCUUUCUCUCUGACGUCAUGUCUCUAAUGGCUCUGUUGCACCUUUAUCUCUGACAUUCUCCCCCUUAUCUGCUUCUCUGGCAUUACACUGAACCAAGCUUUGGAUCAAGUGUUCAGGCUGAUGGAUGAGUGAAUGCACAUCAAUUAAAAAUGUUUCCAGCUAAAUUGUCCUCUAGAAUAGUUGGUUUCAUUUACAUCACUGUGACUGCACAAGGCACAUUUGGAAGCAGUUACUGAUUGGAUUGAUUUGAAUUAUGUUUUUUUUUUUGUUUUUUUUUUACUUGUUAAACAGAUUGUUUUUCUUUUACUGUUGUGCACUUGUGAGUAAAGCGGAAUGCUAUCUCACUCUCAAGGCAAGACUAAUGAGAUGAGACACUGGUGUGUUAUUGUUGUGUUGACAAUUAAAAACUUGUCAGGUAAUGCCCUAAACUCUUACUUACCAAAAAGAUUUCACCCUUCAAAAAAAAAAAACAGGAAACACUUACUGAAAUACUCUGUUGGACUAAUAUUUAAGAUGCUUAUUUCACACAGAUGUGUGUGUGUGGAGUGUUAAUAUUGUACAUUAAGAUAUACAACAUUGUCAUCUUAUUGAAAUCUUUCCUAUAGAAACCAAGAUUCUGAGAGAUAAACUGUUUCAGUAGGUUGUGCAAGUGGAGAGUCACUCUGAGGGCACCUCCAAGCUGGACUUCAGGGACUUUGUGUGUUUACACUGCACCUCGGCACACUCUCUGGUCUCCCAGUCCCGUUAAAGUGCAGCACAUCUGUGCUCCUUGAUUCACAUAUUUUCUCCUUUUUUUUUAUAUAUGAACCUAUUAUGAAGCUUUAUGUUUAUUAUGAAAGUAUUCAAAUGAAUGUCUCAGAAUUUGAUGCUUCCACUGUAUCCCUAAUAGCCGUAUCAAAGUGGUGGUUUGUAGCUAAUGUCGUUGAAACUUCCCCAUAAGCAAAGCCUACAGUCCUGAUGUUUACCUACAUGGUAAGACAAAUAUAAGGCUUUUCCCACCCCAUUAACAGUUAUUGUUUACUAGGCAUCUCCUGUAUCCCACAUUUGAUUAAUCUGGGGAAUAUUUUUCAAACAUUUGUCCUACUGACUGAAUUGAGGGGAUGCACUAGUAAUUCUGACUUGGCAGAAAUAACUGGUAUAAAGUGUAAGCAUGUUAUCUGUUUUUUCUGAGGUAUUGAAGGAGCCGCCUCCAAUAUAAAACACUACCAUCCCAAACCUGCUAGGCAUAGUCACUACAGUAACUUCUGUUCAGAGAAACUGGCCAUUUUUAUUUAACUGAGCAUGAGUGAUGUACCAGAACACUCAUUUUGCCAAUUUGUAAGAAAUGAAGGGGGACGGGGUGGUAUUCAAAGGGUAAGGGUACAUUUCUGUAAAGUCAGUAUUCAUCGUCUUCUGACUAAAUAUCUCCACUACAAUUCAUAUGUAACCUGUAUCAAAUUGUAUAGUGUAACAUGUUAUUGAAUGUCUAAAAGAUUAUGGCUUGAGAUUAUAUUAAAGUAUUGAUGAAUCAGAGGGAAAAAAAAAUCAUCUAGGGUUUAAUUAACUAUGUUGCGUGUACUGUGUUGUGUUGACAGGAAUAAUGAAGAGAGCAUUGGCUGUAAUAAAAUAAUUUUAGUACA